UUGCGGCCGCGCGGCUUAGUUGUCGGGCGGGUCGCAAGACAGCAGCAGCACACAAUCUGUCAUCACGUGAGUGGUCACAAUGGUCUCUGACGGUUUCGUCGUCGGCGAGCAGCGUCGUCCAGCCCGUAAGGUCCUCUGAAGUUUUCCCGUGGUGGAAAACCGAUCCGGCAUUCGGCCGUGCAACGUUAACGAGGACGACGUCGACAACGACGAGAAGGAGACCCGGCCAUCUAUCACUGGUAUAUUAGAAACCUAGUUGCAACCUACACUACUCAAGAUGACCGAAUAUUGGUUGAUAUCUGCGCCUGGGGAUAAAACCUGUCAGCAGACAUGGGAAACUAUGAACAAUUUAACAUCCAAGCAGCAUUCUUUAUCAGUAAAUUACAAGUUUCAUAUCCCGGAUCUGAAGGUCGGAACACUGGAUCAGUUGGUCGGUUUGUCAGAUGAUCUUGGCAAACUUGAUGCGUAUGUGGAACAAGUGACACGUAAAGUGGCGACAUAUCUGGGUGAAGUUCUCGAGGAUCAGAGGGACAAACUGCAUGAGAACCUGAUGGCCAACAACAGUCUAACAUCAAUGGAUGGGGAGAGCUCGAGCCCCGAAGGGGGUCCGGACACCCCGCCAAACACCCCUGUUACACCAUCACACAAGACUACGACGGAGCAUCACAGGCAGUGGAGGGAAUUGGACAAGUCCGAACCAGAACCGGCCGCCUGUUUAGGUCAGCAUCAUCACCAACGUCAUCAUAACCAUGAUCAUUAUCAUCAUUACCAUCACCAUCGUCAUCAUCAUCAUCAUCAUCAUCAUCAUAGCUCCCAUAAGCAUCAUCACAACGGUCAUUUCCCCACGUUCGAAAAGAAGCUGUCGUACGAUCUUCAGGGCAUCUGUGAUGUCAAAGCUCCGCCCAACAAUUAUGCCUCGUCGAUAUACUCAUGCUAUCAUACCCAUUGGUGCGUUGCUUCUGUACCUUCGACGCCAGGCUCCAGUCCUAUUCCCGCGAGUCCGACCCUCUCUUCCCUCUCAUCAAACUGUAGUAGCGAAGGGGAGUUUGGAUGGCAGCAGCCGUUGCGUCCGCGAUCUACUGUCGAAAAAGAUCCAGAUCGAUCUACCCACAAAUCGAUCCGAGGUGAUGAUAAAGACGACGACGAUGACAAUGCGGAUCAAAACAACGACCAAGACCAAGAUCAAGAUCAUAGUCGCAAUUUGCCAAAUCCAGGUGAUCUGCCCUCGUAUAUAACUCGAUUCCAGUGGGACAUGGCUAAAUACCCCAUCAAACAGUCUUUGAGAAAUAUCGCGGAUAUUAUCAGUAAACAAGUAGGACAGAUUGAUGCCGAUUUGAAAACUAAAUCUACAAUAUAUAACAACUUGAAAGGCAGCUUACAAAAUUUAGAAAAAAAGCAGACAGGAAGUCUCUUAACACGAAAUUUAGCAGAUUUAGUGAAAAAAGAACACUUUAUUCUGGACAGUGAAUAUUUAACUACCUUGCUUGUAAUCGUACCGAGAGCCAGUUUUCAGGAAUGGUACAGUUGUUAUGAAAAACUUACAGAUAUGAUUGUGCCGCGUAGUACACAACUCAUUACUCAGGAUUCCGAAUAUGGAUUAUUUACGGUCACUUUAUUUAAAAAAGUGAUGGAUGAAUUUAAGUUGCAUGCUCGUGAAAAGAAGUUUAUCGUACGAGAUUUUACAUACAAUGAAGAAGAAUUAGCAGCAGGAAAAAAUGAAAUUACAAAGUUGGUAACUGAUAAAAAGAAACAAUUUGGACCACUUGUCCGCUGGUUAAAAGUGAAUUUUAGUGAAUGUUUUUGUGCUUGGAUUCAUGUUAAAGCAUUACGUGUAUUUGUUGAAUCUGUUCUCAGAUAUGGCUUACCUGUCAAUUUCCAAGCAAUAUUGUUGCAUCCGCAUAAAAAAUGUGCAAGGAGAUUACGUGACGCUCUAAAUCAGCUUUAUGCUCAUUUAGAUUCAUCUGCUACUGCUUCAACAGUACAUAAUCAGGAUAAUGUGGAUAUACCAGGACUAGGUUUUGGCCAAAGUGAUUACUUCCCAUAUGUGUAUUAUAAAAUCAAUGUGGAUAUGGUUGAUAAUAAGGUGUAAUUAUUAAGCCUGUCCUGGAUGUCAUAUUUUCUUUUAUUCGUUGGGAUGACAAUUUUAUUAUAUCAAGAAUCUAGUAGCAAGUGCGUACGAAUUCCCUUACUUGUAUUAAUAUAUAAAAGAAAUAUUGCAUUCCCAAAAACUUCUUUUGACCUUUCCUUAGUUGUUAUGCUUAUAAUUAUGAAUUAUGGUUUAAUUUGAAGAAAAUUGUCCUGACCUUUUUCAGAAGUCGUUACUUUUGUAAAUCAAUGAAAUUGGAAUAAUUUAUAAUUGUUACUCAAAACUGCAUAAUAGUUUGUGCAUUCCCUUAUAUAUAUUUUCUCCAAAUAUAAGCAUAUAAAGCAAGUGAGUUAUAUAUGAUAAGAUAAUAAGAGAUAAAUUUCUCAGGCAAUUACUAUUAUGUUUUCGGACAUAUAGUUAUAGAAUCAAAUAUUCGUUGCAAUUAUUUGGUUUCCAUUAAAACUAAUUUACUUGAUAUACUUGAAAAGUGCGCGCAACCUAUUUUAUACAUUAACGCAAUAUAAAAAUAUAUACCACUUCUAAAUAGGAAUUGCUAUAAUGCAAUUAAUUCUAUUCAUUAAUAUGUUAUGUACAGAGUUAAAGAGUGCUAAUCUUUUUCAUUAAUAUAAAAGAUUAAGACUUAUGCAGAACAAACAAAGAUAUAUACACCUUGUUACAUCUUGUAAGAAAUAUUCACACUAAGUGUGUCACGUGAAUAUUUAGCAAAGCAAAUUGUUAACUGUAAGUUAGAAAAAAAA